AUUACAAUGACAGGGAACCGAACGCUCAAAGUUCUCCGGAUGGAUAGACGAUUCAUUUCCAGAUUGUAAAUGCACAAUCUACAGUUCUGGUCACCACUAUCUGUUUUACAUGCUGGAUGAUGCUAUGAAGACAAGUCCUAGCGAUGACUGAUGUGGAACCUGUUGUCUCCGACUUCGCAGCCACGGGGAGGACUGGUCGGCGCAACGCCCUGCCGGAUAUUCUAGGGUCUACCGCUGGCGCGGGGACCUCUGACCUUCCAGACAAACUGGCGGAGUUGAGCGUUAGCGAUGAUGGUGACCAGAGUGGUGAGGGCUCAUCUUCAGCAGAGGCCUCUACCAGCCCAGAGGACAAGGAGAAGGCAGAGGGAACAUAAGGCCACUGGGCAUCCAGCGAGCUGUUUCUGUGAACGGACCGGAAGGAAGCGGAUGUCUCAGAUCUCAUUAACCAGCCGGCUAUAAACAUCAUGUGCAGUGCUAUGCAACAGCGUGGACGCCUAUCACUUAAACCAAGCUCUGGAUUACAGGA